UCUUCAUUUUCCCAAGAAUCUCGACAGGGGAUGGAUGAUCGAGGGCAAGGUGAUGCGGCGAGGGAGGAGGAAGCGGCAAUGUGGCGCUCGGCGCCACAGUGUUAGGGUUUUAGAGAUGGAUCCGGGGGGACGAUCGCCGUGGCAGCGGCGGCAGGCUUGAUAGGGAUGCGCCGCGCGCUCGAAAUUUUUGCCCUCUCGUGGAAGCCGCGAAUGUGAGUUGGUUUGAUGAAAGUAGCGGCAGGUUCUCUUUCUCUUCGUGCGCUCCGGGUGGUUUCGUCCUCCACUAGGGGGCCCCUCUGGUGCCAUGCUAUCGGCGGCAGGAUUCACUACGCAGAUUGUCCCUGUCGCCUCCUGUUCUUCGUCAUUGCAAUCAUCCAGUGCUAGUGCUUCCUCGUCCUCGUCUUCUAAGCUCCCGUUUGUACGGUUUGGGAGGCAGCAAGAGUUUUUUCGGCCAAUGUGUUGUCAGAAGAACUUUGAUGGUUUUGAAUGCGGUAGUAAAUGGAGUUGCUGGAAGAAGCGGAUGAGAUUGACAAGGGCAGCCAGGGACGAGUCUUCUCCUUACCUUGAGCCUGAUGCGCGCUCGAGUGUUCUUGCCGUCAUCCUGGGUGGUGGUGCCGGAACCAGAUUGCAUCCCUUGACCAGAGAGCGCGCGAAACCAGCUGUGCCCCUGGGCGCCAACUACAGGCUCAUCGACAUUCCCGUGAGCAACUGUAUCAACAGCAACAUUCCCCGGAUUUACGUCCUCACGCAGUACAACUCAACGUCUCUCAACAGUCACCUGUACAGGGCCUACGCUGGGAACAUGGGAGGCUUUAGAAACGAUGGUUUUGUGGAAGUGCUUGCGGCCGAGCAGAGCUUAGAUAAUCCUGACUGGUUUCGUGUAAGUCCAUUCCUUGGCACAGCCACACACGACUUUUCUUCUUAACUAAAGGGUACAGCCGAUGCUGUCCGGCAAUACCUAUGGAUUUUUGAGGACCAGGACGUCAUGGAAUUUUUGAUCCUAGCAGGAGACCACUUGUACCGCAUGGACUAUCAAAGGUUCAUUCGGAGCCACCGUCAAACCAAGGCAGACAUCACUGUUGCCGCUGUUCCAGUGGAGGAAAAAAGAGCCACGAACUUCGGUCUCAUGAAGAUCGAUUCAGAAGGGAAAAUUACCGAGUUUGCUGAGAAGCCAAAGGGUGGGAUACUUCAGGGCAUGAAGGUGGACACAACUAUCCUCGGUCUAGAUCCUAAGAGAGCUGAAGCGUUGCCAUAUAUUGCCAGCAUGGGUAUAUACGUUAUCAGUAAGGAAGCAAUGUACAAGUUGCUGCAUGAAAAGUUUCCAAAUGCAAACGAUUUUGGCAGCGAGAUUAUUCCUGGAGCGACUCAGCUUGGCAUGAAGGUACAAGCCUACCUGUUUGAUGGAUACUGGGAGGAUAUUGGCACAAUCGAGGCUUUUUACAAUGCCAACAUAGGAUUGACUAAGAGCCCUCCUGAAUUUAGUUUUGAUGACAAGCAUUCACCAAUAUAUACGCUCCCGAGGUGCCUACCACCCUCGAUAAUGCACGAUGCGGACAUCGUGCAGAGCAUCAUUGGAGAAGGCUGUGUCAUUCAGAAUUGCAAAAUCUACCACUCCGUGGUCGGCCUGAGGUCCCGAAUUGCAGAGGGUGCGGUCAUUGAGGAUUCUCUUCUUAUGGGAUCGGAUUUUUACGAGCAAGAGGAGCACCGAGAACAUCUCCAUUCCCAUGGAGGUGUGCCCAUUGGCAUUGGCAAAUACUCUGUCGUCCGAAAGGCUAUUAUCGAUAAGAACGUUCGAAUUGGUCGGAAUGUGAGGAUCAUCAACAAGGAUAACGUGUUGGAGGCUGCAAGGGAAACAGAGGGCUACUUCAUUAAGAAUGGGAUUGUGACGAUUAUCAAAGACGCAGUUAUUCCAAACGGCACAACGAUUUGAGCUGAAUUCGUCGCAUCUGAUGCAAGUACGUACAUAGUGUGUAUAUUGGACGAGGAGGACGAGUGUUGUCUGUAAAUUUGUGUAGGCAAUGAAUUCGUUUUCAUUUUUUGUUU